AUGUUCUCAAACAAGUCUACUGCUUGGGCUCUCAUAGAACAAGCUGCAGGAUUGGGGUUUCUUGCUGGACCGCCAAUUGGAGGUGUUCUGUUUUCACACGGCAAUUUCUUAUUGCCGUUUUUGGUGACUGCGGUCGCUUUGUCAGUCUGCACUCUGUUUCUUUCUUGUGUGAGAAGCAACGGAAAUUCUGGGGUCUGGACAACUGCAGCUUCAAUUAUUAUUAGUUGUGCUGUCAAUCGAGGAUAUAAAUCUGACAUGUCUCUGAAUGGAUGGGUGUCUGGAAUAUGUUUGGGAACUACAUUUUUGUCUGGUGCUGUUGGGUCACCUGCAGGAGGAGCACUGACUGCUGCUUUCAGCUUUCGUCACUUUCCUCAAUUCUGGGUUGCUUUGCUACUGCUUCUUGCGUACGAGGCGAAGUCUUGCACUAGGCAGCAAUUCGAUGCAAGCCACUGGCUUUCUGCUUUGCCCGAGAGUCGAAAUGUAACACCAGCUGCUUCAAAUUGCGUGUACUGCAACAUUCAAUGUGAUGGGUGCUACGGACCGGAUGCCAGCGACUGUAUCAGAUGUAGACACUUCAAUUUGUCCGAUCUUGACGGUCAAUCGCGCUGUGUAUCUUCUUGUCCACGUCACUAUUUCAAAGGGCGAUGUCUGAGUGAGUGUCCGGAGAACACAUAUCAUUACGAUGUUGAAAAACCAGAGUGUCUCUCUUGUGAUGCUCAAUGCAUGGGUGGCUGCAAUGAUAUCUCAGCUUGGAACUGUACUCGGUGCGUCUCACACCAAAUGCCGGAUGGAAGAUGCGUGAGCAAUUGCUCUGAUGGCUACAUGGCAGUAGACAAUUCUACCUGCACAAAAGUUCCUUCCAUAAAUAUAUCAGAAAACGAUGGCAACACGAUGCCUUCUCAGGAGGUGGUAGCCAUGACACUUGGGAUCGGUCUACUCGUCGUCGUCAUCUUUCUUUGGGUGUCUCUUUGUGUCUAUGUUCGUUGGAGACGGUCUACGGGAAAUCACAAUUUGUGUGUACUUACAAAUCAGCUUGGAAAUCUUGCUGAACACCAGGAAAAGAAAGAAACAACAGCUGUUGAACUAACACUUCAGGAAUCUGCCUUUGCUGUCAACCCAACUCAAUACGUCGAUGACUGGCUGGAUGGUGAACACGUUACAACUGCUAAUUGGCUUUCUGGGGAGCAAAGAGUUACUGUAGCUAAUCCAUUGUUUCAACACAAAACGACGUCCCCGGAAAACGUCGAGAAAGAAUCACCACAGGCAAAUGACUUCAACAGACGGAGUGCCUUCCACUCGAGCGACACAGCAGGAUACUGUACGGAUACGGAAGAAGAUAUAGACCGGGUUACAACAUCAGACCAAACAUCCGUGGAAAACGAGGUACGAGUUAGCGACGAAACUACGAGUACUGUUUUUGACGAUAUUUCGACUCAGUGACCUAUUUGAGUUGUUGUCUGGAAAGAGCAAGUUAUGGUUAGACAAUCGAUCACUAAGCAUAUUAUUAAAUUAAAUUAAUAAAGGCGAUGAGUGUCUAACUUGUAACGGGGUUAUAAAUAUCAACUAUUUGUUGACUGCAGACGUAGGAUUUGUGAUACAAAUAACCAUAAUUUAUAAUUUAUAAUAUUAAAAUGGAUAAAUGUCUGUUCGU